AUGGUCGGGUGUUCGGAUCGUAGAGGCUCGAGAAUCCUCGAGGAAAGCGGCGAACUCGUCCAUUCUCUGUCCUGUACGGAUGCUAAGACGGGAUUCGUCUCUAGAGCAGCUAGUCGAGAAUGCUCGACGGAGGCUGCGAACUCGUCAACUUCCGGUUCCGCCGACAAGUACGAUGCGAGAGAGCGCAAGAUAAGACGCUUAGCCUCGCCGAAGGAGGACGCCGACGCGACGAGCAAGAACUACGUCGAUCUCGCGUUACGCGCCGCGAGAAAGGACGAGAUCGAGCACCGCGAGAACGUCGAGAGGAUCACGUCGCAAUUGAGAAAGGACGCGGACGAAGCGGGACAAGGCCUCGAGCUGUUAUUUGCAAGAUUAGUUCUGCUCGAACGCGAAAUGGUUAAACGGUUAGACGCAGCGGAGAGCGCUAUUUCGAGAAUCGAUAACACUGGUGGAGGAGUUGCACGCGCCCGCGAGAAGAAACUUUCCGCGUCGCCGCGUCGCGGUACGCGGAUACGACGAUCUGUGGCAGGCGGACGUGGUCGAGAUACGUCCUUACGCGAGACUCAACAAAGGCCACAAUUACAUACCGUUAUCGACGCGUUAAGCAAAUACGCGUGGGCUGUACCGCUUAAGAGCAAAAGCGCCAACGAGGUCGCUCGAGCGUUAUCUAAAAUAACGCGAAACUAUAAGCGGUGUCCGAAAAAUCUGCAGACCGACAAAGGAAAAGAAUUCUACAAUACCGAAAUGCGAAAGUUCGCGAAGGAGCACGGGGUGAAUCAUUAUUCGACGUACUCGGUGAUGAAGGCGUCAAUCGUCGAGAGAUUCAAUCGCACGCUUAAGAACUCCAUGUGGAAAUACUUCACUUUAAAUGGAACGUAUAAGUGGAUCGACGCGCUGCCCCGUCUCAUAAAAGAAUACAACGCGCGAAAACAUCGCACUAUCGGUAUGAGACCCGUCGACGUAACUCCCGCGAUCGCCGAUAAACUUUUAAACACGGUUUACAGCAACGUAAAGAUAGCCGCUCCCGCGAAAUUUAAGCUGGACGAUCCGGUACGCGUCAGCAAAUUUAAAACGAUCUUUGAGAAAGGUUUCACACCCAAUUGGACCACCGAGAUAUUUCGAAUAACCAAGGUGCAGCGAACCAAUCCCGUGACGUAUUUGUUAAAGGAUUCGCGAAACGAGCCGAUCGCCGGAGGAUUCUACGAACACGAGUUGCUUCGCGUCUCCGAUCCUGAUGUAUCUCGUGGAGAAGGUGCUGCGUCGAAAGGGUGA